UGGGAAACAACGCCUAUGCUUUCUUCACAUAUUCUCUACGUGUAUUAUGUGCCACGUAUCCACAGGAUCGAGUAAAAGUUUGAAAGUGCGAUACAUUUCAGUAAGUUUUAACGACGCCCCAACUACGGGCAAACAUGUCGGCCCCCAAUCGAAGCGCAUUCGCAGACUCAGUCUUGGACGACAGGGAUAAGCAGGUGAUACCGUAUAUGAUUGAAAGCAGCUUACAGCUAUAUAACCCAGGCAUUCAGAGACACAUCUCUAUCUCUACAGAUGGUCGCCUACCUCUGGGAUGGAGAGUUAUACUAAAUAGCCCGGAAGAGCGUCGAGUGGUUCUGUAUAACGCGAGAGAGCAUCAGAUUGUUGUGCAGAAUACACACGACGCCAUGCAGCGAAGUCGUUCGAGUACUCAAUCCUUCACCAGCGAGUUAAGCGAAGCCGAUGAGGUGCUGAUGGUA